AUGUCUCGUGGCACACAAAUUCUUGAAGAUUUUGAAUUGUCGCCGCAGAAAUGGAAGGAUUUAGGCAUAAAUAUUAAUCAAGAUGGGAUUAAGCGAAGCGCAGUUCAAAUAAUGGGUCAACAUGGUAUAACGUUUGAUCGUCUCGCUGAAUUAGUUCCGGGUCUUUCAGAAAUUUCGCCUUCGUUGAGAAGCCUAUACCGGAUAUAUCUUAAAAGACAAGAAGCAGACGUUGAAGAAUUUAGAAAAGAUGAACAACUUAAGAUACCCGAGGAUAUUGAUUAUGACAAGAUUUAUAAUCUUUCAGCUGAAGUACGAUUAAAAUUAAAAUUGGUUCGACCAACUAGUUUGGGUGCUGCAAAACGUAUAGAAGGGAUAACACCAGCUGGUGUUCUAACCUUACUUAAAUACGUGAAGAGACAACGAAAAAGUAAUCUUGCGCCUCGUUCGUUUUCGUUGACCGAAUUGCAAGAUGGAAAACAUCAAGAUAAUGAAGAAUCAUUCAUCCAAGACAUAGAUAAAUAA